AGCCCCCCCGCCCCGGUCUCCCCACCUCGGUUCUCCUAAUCGGCUCUCCCCUCUUCUGGGUAGCCUUUUGGCUGCAGAGGCAAAGCACAAGCCCCGUGCCCGGUUCCACCUGCAACCCCUCCCCUCCCCCCAGCUGCUCUUUUCAAAGCAACUCUGGUGCUUCUGGGGUUAAUUGCCCCAGUUUUCUGCCCAGGAGAAUUAAAAUUUCUCCCAACCUUCUCUCCUCGCUCAACCUGACCCCCCAUCUCCUACUACAUGAGAAAAACGAUCUUUUCUCUCACACGCAUUCCAUCCUCAAUUCUUCACUGAGCUAGUUUUCUCUAAGCCCAGCUCAGUCCACCCCAAAUUUGAUUUAUAAUCGUCCCCGCCCUUUUAUAUAAAAGAGAUUCUCCACGGCCUAGAAUUUGAGAAGAACCCCAUAAUCCUUUCCUGGGGGAGCUUUUCAACCAUUAGACAGUGACUGUUCAGGCUCCAGUGGACGGUCCGCAGCACUUCUUCUGUCCCCCUGCUCCUACCAGUGUCCCCAGGGCAAAGGCAGACAAGGGACACCCUGGGCAAAGUCUCAGGUCGGGGUGGGGGUCCAGGACAAGAAAAGCUGUUUUGCUGUGGGGCUUUCCAGGUAGAGAUCAGAAUCAGUGACUCGGUCCUCGGGCCUGGGAGCAAUUUAUUUGCCACCGGAGGGGUUAUCGGAAGAGCCAGUGAAUAGCAGCCUACCACCCCAUAACACAGAUACACUGUGGACCCCCAAACCCAGCCUGUCUCCUUCUUCAAAGACUCCAGCUGCCCCUCCCGGGCUCUCUGCUUCCCCCGGGCACAUGCUGACGCCCCUGUGUGGGCUGCUCUGGUGGUGGUGGUGCUGCUGCGGCUGGUACUGCUGUGGACUGUGCGCCCCGGCCCCCCAGAUGUGGCACCACCAGGGUCUUCUCAAGUGCCGCUGCCGCAUGCUCUUCAAUGACCUGAAGGUUUUCUUACUGCGGCGCCCUCCUCCAGCGCCCCUGCCCAUGCACGGCGACCCCCAGCCCCCCGGUUUGGCGGCCAACAACAACACCCUUCCGGCUCUGGGUGCCGGGGGGUGGGCCGGCUGGAGGGGCCCUCGAGAAGUUGUGGGCAGGGAGACCCCUCCUGGGCCGCCUCCACCCCCUUUGCCGCCUUCUUCUGCGGAAGAUGACUGGGGUGGCCCAGCCACCGAGCCACCUGCCUCGCUGCUCAGCAGUGCCUCCUCAGAUGACUUCUGCAAGGAGAAGGCGGAGGACCGCUAUUCGCUGGGCAGCAGCCUGGACAGUGGUAUGAGGACCCCACUCUGCCGCAUCUGCUUCCAGGGACCAGAACAGGUGAGUUUCCUUUUUCCCUUCUCCUGCUUCCUGGAGGGGUGUGAAAGGUGCAGCCACCAACCUUGCUGUGUGAAAUGGAUCCAGGAGAGGGGAAGGUGGGGGUGUGAGCUGUGCUACUACAAGUACCACGUCAUCGCCAUCAGCACGAAGAAUCCUCUGCAGUGGCAGGCCAUCUCUCUGACGGUCAUUGAGAAGGUGCAGAUAGCAGCCGCCAUCUUGGGUUCCCUCUUCCUCGUCGCCAGCAUCUCUUGGCUCAUCUGGUCGACCUUCAGUCCCUCAGCAAAAUGGCAGCGCCAAGACCUUCUCUUCCAGAUCUGCUACGGGAUGUAUGGCUUCAUGGACGUGGUGUGCAUAGGUCUCAUCAUCCACGAGGGACCCUCUGUGUACCGCAUCUUUAAACGGUGGCAGGCCGUCAACCAGCAGUGGAAAGUGCUGAACUAUGACAAGACAAAAGACCUGGAGGAGCAAAAAGCAGGAGGCAGGACCAACCCUCGGACCUCCUCAGCCACCCAGGCCAAUAUCCCCUCGGAGGAGGAGGAGGCAGCGGGCACCCCUGCCCCUGAGCAGGGCUCUGCCCGGUCUGCCAGUCACCCCUCAGGCCCUCUGUCCCAUCACCACUGUGCUUACACCAUCCUGCACAUCCUGAGUCACUUGAGACCUCAUGAACAGCGGAGCACCCCGGGCGGCAGCCGAGAGCUUGUCAUGAGAGUCACGACAGUGUGAAAAGAAGCUACCUGGGAGGAAGGCAGUGGCCGUGGCCGUGGCCGUGGCCGAAGGGGCCGGGGAGCGGGGGUGGGGAGGCAUGGCGGCACCCACAGGCCGGCGCAGGGAGCAGGCAGAUGGUGGGGGGCCUGGAGGGAGCCCUGGGGCCGGGUCAGAGCGGGAGUGAGGCUGGCACCAGGUGCGACUUUGCGAUUUCCAGCCAGUGUCAUUCUGCAUGACAACGGCCACAAAAACCAACACAGAGUCAGGC